AUGGAAAUUGAACAAUUAGAAGAAGAAAAAACACAAUAAAACUUAAGUGAUUCUCAAAUUUAAUCUUAGAAAAAUGAUAAUACCCAAGUUAGUAUAAUUAAAAAAAGAAAAAGAACAAAAGCUUUCAAAUUUUGUAAAUUCUACUAUUAGCCACAGGAUAUUGAUGAUGAACCAGUUUAUAUAUUUUUUUUAAAUAAAAUUUACAAGAAUUAUGAAUAAGAAUAAUACAAUUAAUAUAGAAACUAUGGAUUUACUGAUGCCGGCAUUGCGAAAAUAGAAUAUGUCUAGUUAGACAAAAUCUUUUAAACUAUUGAUUUAAAGUUUGAUUUUGUUUCUUUAGGUGUAGAUAACUUUAGAAAACUUAUAUAAAUUUUUAGAAAGAAAGCAGAUAGAGAUUAUUUUGAGCUUUCAAAUGCUCUUAAAGAGUACUAAUUAUGGAUAAACUAAAUUUUUAAAACUGCAGCAGAGUUAUUCUCUGAUAAGUAAAUAUACAAUUAAAGCCAUCAAGAAGAAGUUGAUUAAGCCUUCCCAGAUUUUGAAAGGAUAGUAAAAGAAUGGGCUAAGGAAUAACUUCCUAAUGAAUUAUAUGAGAUAGAGCUAUGCUCGAUUAAAUAUGAUAUGGUUAGGCCAAUUCUAAAAAAAAAGAUAUAUUCAAAAAACUUAAUUUUAUUUUUAGGGAGUGAUCUUGAAGAUAUUUAUUAAAAACUUAUUGAUUUUAACUUAAAGAGUUACAUCCAUAGUCUAUUAAAUGGAGGUGAAAAUAAUGGCAAAUUAUAAUUGUAAAAGGCUAUAAAAAUAAUAAAAUGGAUGACUCAAUACUAAAAGGAGGAGCUCUUCUUUGACGACGAAAUUACCACUUUAGAUGGCUUGUCUAUCCCAACAUAGAAAUCAUUAGCUUACUAUUCUUACAACUAUAAAUCAAAAACUAUUUCUUAAAAACGUGAUUAGCAUUUCUUUUAUGUUACUAAAUAUAAUUUUGAGCCUCACUGGAUUAAUUACCUAAUUUAGAUGAGAUAAAAACUAUAAUAAAUGCCAAAGCAAAUAGGAUGCAACUAAGUUUAUUAAAUCUAAGGACAAACAUUGAAUUAAGUAGAUAAAAACUUUGAGUUUAUUUGUCAGCAAGAAUAUUUUUUAGAGAAAUUUAACUAUAUAUAAAAAAGUUUAAAUUGA